CAUCUGCGCCUGCGCAGGAUGGGCUGUGCCUACGCGCGGCGCUAGAAUUCAAAUGUGUGGCGCGUUCGUUUGAGGGGGCUGGAGGUCGGCCGUCGGCUUAGCUGCCCUCGCCAUGAACCCCAUCCAGAGUUUCCACUGUAAGCUGCGGAGUCUGGCCAUCAAGCUGGACGGUGAGACGGCUCGGCUGCUGCGAUCGCUGGACGGCGAGGACAGCGACUUUGAAGAUUCUCCAGUGAGAAUUUUGUAUGACCUUCAUUCAGAAGUCCAGACUCUAAAGGAUAAUGUUAAUGCUCUUCUCGAUAAAGCAAGAUUGGAAAGUCAUGAAAGCACAAGUUUCCUAAAGGCAGCAAAAAUACUGAGGAACAAAAACUCAGCAGACAUCAUACAACUAAGAGAGUUUUUCCAGAAGUAUGGAUACCAAGCACGUGACAAGGAGGAUUCAGCAUGUGAGCACAGAGUGAGUGCUUCCACCCCAGAGUUAACUGUGUGUAGAGACAUUCAGGAGCUUGGCGUGAAGGAUGCGCAGUCUGAUCCCUGUGUUCCGAGUAGUUCUGUUUCUGAAGAGCUUCCGCGAAGCCCACAGCUUUCAGACUUUGGACUUCAGCGGUACAUGGUUUCCCAAGUCUCAGCAAACCCUCCCCAGACAAAUGUCAGCCUCAAAGAAGAAUGCGUAUCUGAAACACCCCCUGCCAAAGAACCCUCUGUUCAAGUGCCGAAGACCCCCAGAUGUGCUCUAAAGAUGGAUGAUUUUGAAUGUGUAACUCCUAAAUUAGAACACUUUGGUAUCUCUGAAUAUACUAUGUGUUUAAAUGAAGAUUAUACAAUGGGACUUAAAAAUAUGAAGAACAUUAAAAGUUCCCCUCUGAGCGGUGCCAGUGGAGAAGUCACAGGGAUCAGGCCUGUGACCAGUGAUAAUUCUUUUGCCAUUCCUAGUCCCACAAUCCCACAGCUGGAAAAAAAUGAAGAGGGCAUUGGAACUGGAAUUACAGAUGCGGAAUACAUGAAUUCACCAUUGCCACCUAAAUUCUGCACCUCUGGUUUGAAAAUUCCUUCUACAAUGGACAAUACAGAUUUGGUAUCUAUAGAUUAUCCACUGUCAAAACCAAAUAGUUCAUCAACUGAUUUGGAAGUUAAAGAUUGUGCGCCAUUAAUUUUAAAUUCCGAUGAAUGCUAUAAGGGUAUUGCAGCCUCUCCUUCUCCAACAAUUACUUCUUGUGAAAAUUUCUCAAUACCCUCUCCUCCGAAAGUCACUGCGAUUCCAGAAGACAUUCUCCAGAUGUUAAAGCACAACUCAAACCUAGCUUAUUCCAUGGAUGCUAAAGCGCUGCCACUAAGGAAAGGCUUCCUCGCAUACAAGGGGCAGAGCACCCGAGACGCUGCCAACAAGGAAAACUGGUAACAGUGAGAAUUCUACAGUGGACACAUCCAGUACAGCAGUUGGACAGAACAGGAAAAGUGAGCUGGACGGAGGGUCUCAGAAUUGUCCCAGGUUAGCACAGAGCAGUAGAGAUGAAGGCAGAGCUCCUGCUAUCAGUCAGUCUUCUUUCCGCCCAGCCUUACUCUUUUAUUUCAUCCUACGGGAAUGUUUCCAUUUCACCGCAUGUGAUGGGCCACCCAGCAGAUCCUGAUUCUACCUGGAAGAUUCUGAAUACCUAAGCCCAGAAGCCUUGGGAACAUCUUCAUUCUAGAACUAUCUAAUAUCCUUUGAUCCCAAAAUCCUUCUGAUCCAAGAACAACUAAAAAGUAAUUCUCCAAGUUCAUUAGGAAUGAGGAGCUGGUGCUCUGUAGAAACCAGCUACAAUUCUGAGAAGUAAUUGGCAAAUACCAAUUGACUUACUAGUUUUAGGGAUUUUUUUUCUCCCAAUACAGGGUUUCUCUGUGUAGCCGUGGCAGUCCUGAAAUUCACUCUGUAGACCAGGCUGGUCUCGAACUCAGAGAUCCUCCUGUCUCUACCUCUUGAGUAGAGAUUAAAGAUGUGUACCACCACUGUCCGGCAGCUUUAAGAAAUUUUGUGUGGCUUAAAGAUUAUUCUAAUUGUGCACUGAAAAUCAAGUGGAGGGCUGGAGAGAUGGCUCAAUGGUUAAGAGCACAGACUGUUCUUCCAGUGGUCCUGAGUUCAGUUCCCAGCAACUACAUGGUGGCUCACAACUAUCUGUAAUGGGAUCCAAUGCCCUCUUCUGGUGUGUCUGAAGUGUACACAUAUACAUAAAUUAUUCUUUAAAAAAAUCAAGUGGAAAAACUCCAGGAUAAUUCUAAGUGCUUGUAUUUUGUUGUUGUACAUAAUGUAAAAUAAAUUAUUUUCCAAAUAAACUCUA